UGGCUGAUGUUUUGGUGUGUUGUCUGACUUGAGAGGGGUUUUGGAGGCAUAAAGUCCAUUUGUAAUUAAAAGAGCAGAUUUUUUUCCUGAUCAUCAGGAUAAAUUAAGUGACAGAGGCAACUAGCUGGGUGAUGUAUGGGAGGGGAAGACAAAUUAACCGUCUGCUCUCUGGGGGAUUCUCAGCAGAGGCCUUCAUAGCAGCAAUGGAGUAGCGCCAAAGGGCAGAGAGAUUUGUAGAAGAUGGUGCUAAUUACCAGAAUGCAAACCAUAAUGUGACCAAGAUGGAAGCAAUUUAGGCAGUAGUCAUUUAGCCUGCUGCUCUUCCGCCCACCGGCUGCUGCCUAGCCAGAGCUGGGGCAUUGGGUUGGGAAAAGUCUGGGAGAUGCUGUUGAAACGGCUUUUAAUAAUGGCAGAAAAAGGUAACAGGUCAGGAGGAGCCUAUAAAUAUUAAGGAGCAAAGAAGAUGGGAAACUUGACAAAGGUUACUUCACUUCUGGAAGCUGUGGAUCGGAUUCUGUACAUCAAGUACCAGCAGCAGAUGCUCCUACUCUGUUUAGGAUGAACAAGUGCAUCAGGUUCAACAUUCUAAGCUCUACAGAGUAAAGCUGAGGAUGGGUGACUUUAAAAAGACCCAAGAGACACAAAGGUUCACUUUUCAUUUUGCUGAGUUUUGAGAUGAAAGAAGGUCCCAGCAGCUGAGUUCUUCCUCACCUGCUGCAGUGGCUGGCGCAGGCUCAGACUGCCUGUAUAAUUUGGGAUGUCUAAUUUGCUCUUUUAGGAUAUUUAAGAAGAGGAGUUCAGAGAGGAGAGCUGUUUCGCACUUUGCCACUAUGUAAUUUUAUCCAUGCCGCUGUCUCUCACUUCACACAGGGCUAAUACCUUUUGCCUCCCCUCUCCUUUGUAUCAAUUGGUCGAAGUUCAGCCUAUUGUCGCCACAAGCUUCUUUUAUAUCUGCACUCAGUCUGAGGCGAGGCUCUCAGUCAGCUUCACACGAGGGCUUUCCUGCAGGAGAGGCAAGGAGGAUCCCAACCCGGGGGCCGGCUGUGCUGUCAGAGCUGCCCGUGGGGCUUGGAUGUACACCGGGGCUGGAGUUCUCCAGCUUUAGGGGUCCGACACGUACAUGGGACCCGGAGGGCUGGCCGGGUGUUAUCCGAAUUUUUGCAACAAUCGUUCUCCGCCGACCAUGCCACAAUGCUGAUGAUUCAUCUGCUGGUGUUGGUGAGCCUGCUGGAUCCCGUUUGGCCCCGGGCCCGUUGCUCGCCUAGCCAGGGUUGUGACCCCCGGCAGCGGAGAGACGCCGGGGGCCGCGGAGGAGUGUAUGAGCACCUCGGAGGAGCGCCGAGGCGCAGGAAACUUUACUGCGCUACCAAAUAUCAUCUACAGAUCCAUCCUAACGGGAGGAUUGAUGGAUCACUGGAGGAGAAUAAUCCGUUCAGCAUCAUGGAGAUCACAGCAGUGGAUGUGGGUGUCGUGGCCAUAAAAGGGCUUUUCUCAGGCAAAUAUCUAGCCAUGAACGAUAAAGGAAGGCUGUACGCCUCGGAGGUUUUCAACAAGGAGUGUGAAUUUGUGGAACGAAUCCAUGAGUUGGGGUACAACACUUAUGCAUCGCGACAACACUUCACAGAGCAACCCCUGUCACCCGGAACAGGCAGCAGCAGCAAGCGUCGGGCCACUGUCAGGAGGCAAUGGUACAUCUCCAUCAACGGGAAAGGGCGGCCACGGCGAGGCUUUAAAACUCGGAGCACUGAUAAAGCCUCACUAUUCUUGCCUCGGGUGCUGGGCAACAAGGACCAUGAGAUGGUUAGAAAGCUGAGGGACAUUCAAGGUGCCCAGCACACGCAUCAUCAGCAGGGUCGGCGUGGUGAACGCCGGAGACGCCGGCAUCGUGAUAGGAAAGGUUGAGGUUGACAGCCUGAUGAGUCAGCAGACUUUUAGAGGUGAGGUUGGAUUUCAUCUCCCUCUGCUACAACUCAUCUACACGGAUCCUUGAUCUCGGCACAUACUGCAGCUUGACUGCAAGGAAGGAUGUGAGAAAAUGUCUUGGAUCCCAAAUUCUGGAUUGAUGGAAGUUCUUGUUGGUGUACAGAGUUAAAGGGUACAAUCAAUAAGGAAGGGAAACUCAAAGGGAAAGGGAAGGGAAACUCAAAACCAGUAACACCAAAGUGUUUCUGGUUUUUACACCUUUCUAAAACCUGCCGCUCUCUGGAGACUCUGGCCUACAACUCCACUGCUGUAUAAUCCUCUGAUAACUGAUGUCCGAUUUCUUACAAAUGCAACUGUCAGGUAAACAAAUGUUAUAAGAUUGUUGUAAUAUCCAUCCUAUUUUGUAUAUACAAGCCUCAUCCAUCAACUACCCUCAGAGCAUAUGUUCAGCUGGUCUGUACAGCAGCAUAUAAGCUUUAUGUUUGUCAGAAUCCAAGUACUAUUUCCCGAUUGUUAAGUGCUAUUAAUCAUUAUGGAAGCUGAAGAGGGGACUGUACAUGGAGAAGCACUUUUUGUCAGAUUCACAUUAAGAAGAAUAAGGAAAUCAGCUUGAGGCACGAGCAUCUGCAAUGUUCUUUCAAUGUGAUAGUCUACUGUGUGUAAACUGAAAGAAGUACUUUGUAUAUUUCACAAAUGAUAUGAAUAUUUAUUUGCGGUCUGAGAUGUAAGUUAUUGAUAAGACUAUUUCUGCAUUUUACCAAUAUGGAUGUUGUUUCAGUUUUCACUUGCUGCCUGGUUCCAACAUAAAAAAACAUAAUGGUACUGACCCAAAGAAGGAAAAAAAAAAAACAACUGUGUGCGAGUGUGUGUGUAGUCUUCCUCUAGUAAACGUGUGUGUUGUAAGCACUGAUUCUGAUAUUCUUCCCCUGUUAAAAUCAGAAGUCAUUAAUAGUUAUUGUGUUUCUGGUGAAAAUGUUUCUUUGUUAAAG